AUGAGGGUAAUAUACGAUUCGUUCCACUUUGAUAAGAUAGCACCGGAGACGAGCCUCACGGAGCUCGUCACCUUCAUCUCGGGGAUCCUCAGGAUAAGCACCAAGUACGGCAUGCUCCAGAUCCGGCAGAAGUGCAUCAACAUCAUCCAAGACAAGUUCCCGUCGACACUCGCGGGCUGCGACGACGUGCUCAAGCGCAAGAUCCUGUACGUGCCCUCUGAGAUCGUCCGAGUGAUCCCAUUAGCACGCGAGACGAACGUUCCUCGUGUCCUUCCUUGGGCUUUCUACCUCUGCGCGCAGAUUUCCGUCGAGGAGCUGCUUGAGAACCAGACGCUCUCCUGGCGGGAUAAGGCUCUCUGCCUCGCAGGGAAGGAGAACCUAUGGGAGAUGCAGCGCACCGUGACCCACACCUUCCUCCUCAACUUUCAGCCCUCUCCGCACUGUUCCACCGGAUGCAAGAUGCGUAUGCCGACUACCUUUAGUCUCGAGGAUUUUGAGGGGCUUCGAACGUCGCCGCAUCUCCUGGAGGAGUACCAAGACUGGACGGGGCUUCGCUUAUGUGCCAAGUGUCAGGCGUUCGCGCAAGCGCAGCAUCGGGAGGGGAGGGAGAAGGUUUGGCAGAAGCUUCCGGGUUUAUUCCACCUUGGGACAUGGGACGAUAUCUUUAAGGACCAGAGUUGUUGA